UAAUUUUCUUGAUCACCCGACUAUUUUAAAGUCUGCUCCCAAAUUUUGGAGCUUGGCAUUUUUGUUCUCUGCUCUGUACAAUUUGGUUCCUUUUCAUCCAAAAUUCUUAUUUAUAAUUCGUAUUUGGGAACACAACCCGUUGCUUCAGGAUGUCACAAAACGAUGAAGAAGUUAAAAAGCAGAUUCAGCAUAUGAUGGCCUUCAUUGACCAGGAGGCCAGAGAGAAAGCUGAAGAGAUUGAGGCCAAGGCUGAGGAAGAAUUUCAAAUUGAGAAAGGAAGACUGGUCCAGCAACAGCGUCUGAAAAUCAUGGAGUACUAUGAACGCAAGGAGAAGAACUUGGAGCUACAGAAAAAGAUCCAACAGUCCAACAUGCUGAACCAGGCCCGGCUCAGGGUCCUCAAGUGCCGGGAGGACCACGUGAUGGCCAUCCUGGACGAAGCUCGCUUACGUCUCGGGGAGGUCAUCCAGGACCGCAACAAGUACGCCCAGAUCCUGAAGGGUCUGCUGGGCCAGGGGCUGUACCAGCUCAUGGAGAAGAAAGUGACGGUGCGCUGCAAAGAGUGCGACCUGGCACUGGUCAAGGAGCAAACGAAGGCGGCUCUCGCUGACUAUAAGAAGGCAGCCAAUAGAGACUGCGAGGUCAAGUUUGAUGAAGAAAACUUCCUUGGAGCCGACAUCACUGGUGGUAUAGAGAUGUACACGGCCAACAACAAAAUCAAGGUCACCAAUACUUUAGAAAGUCGGUUAGAUCUAAUGAGUCGCCAGAUGCUUCCCGAGGUGAGAAAGAUCAUGUUUGGAGUCAACGUAAACCGGAAAUUUGAGGACUAAAAACAACGCAAAUACACACGUCACUUGUGUUGCUACCCUUCCCAGGAAAUACUUUUCUUCGUCGUACAAAGAGUAAUAUAUAUUUUAUCGUCCGUGUGAAAAUUAGUGGUGUCGAAUACAUGUACGUACACUCCCCACCCAGUGAAACUAGUCAUCAUGGACAAGCUAAAGCCGUGUUCACACUGGAGUUUAUUUAGUGAAACUAACAGACACUGGUGUUAAGUUUACAGAAACUGUUGUCAAAUAACCAAAUUAAGUCUGGUGCGGACAGACGGUAAAUCUGUAAGUUUAAUGCCCUGUAGCGGUAAGUUUUGCCGGAGGCCGAAGUUAAUCUAAGUGCAGACGAACGGUAGUAUAACCACAAUAGAAUGUGCAUAAUCACUCGCUGUGACUGUUUACAAAAUUAAGUCUAAUGUGAACACAGUUUUCAUCUCAUUUUAAUAAUAAUGAAAUAGAAGGAAACCAAUAUUGGAAAAGGGAAGUACUUUUUGAACCAAAUGUGGUUUUUUGUUUAAUUUAUAAAAUUCCCAACCUUUUUAUAAAGUUGUCAGUAUUAAUUAAAAAAAGAAAAGUGUCUGCUUUGUUUAAGCACUUGAAUUUAUGAUUAAUUGAUGACAUGAAUCCGGAAAACCUCACUAUAUUUUGAAAAAUGUUUUAUUGAAAUGCAUGUAGUGUAAAACGUUUGGUUUCCUGAAAAUUUGGCCAGUGUCUGUGCUUUUCGAGUCACUCUUUUCAUUCAGGACACUCAUUUGGUGGUGGUGUUUUAAUACUGGCAAGAACUUUUAAUAUUCUUUGAACUUUCUCAUGCUACAUGUAUGUUCCCAUUGGUGUUUACGAAAUCUUGGCUUGGCUUUUGCUAUAGAGAUACCAAAUCCUGUUAAUCUAGGCUAAUGGUUAAGGUAUUGUCAUUGGG